ACCACACAUUGGAAGAGGCUUGUUGAACUCAAGAACAUUGUCAGCACAGACGAGUAGUUCAUUCCUACUCUUAAAAGAGAUUACAUGGGAUCACAUAAGACACAUCUUUUUUGUUUUUAUAUGCUGAACACCGUUAAAUGUAAGUAACAGAAAGUUUGUUUAUAAAAUAUUUUAAAAUCUAAUUUAAAUUAUUUUGCUUUGUGUCAUACUUUAGGAUUACUUCAAUGUGCUUAUUGCCAGUAGUGUUGUUUCUAUGCAUCUGAGCAUUCCUCUGAUGUUCCAUCAUCAUCAAACCUGCAUGGUAAAUUGUAUUUAUGUGCGUCCUUAGCUGUGGUACAGGUGGGAAAAUAAGUCUAGGGAGAAUAAAAAAAAAGGAUAAGGAAACUGAAACCCUAAAACCACUGAUGAGAACCUUAAAAUAAAACACUAGCCUUCAACUUUAUUUUUGUCAAGUUGUUUUCUAUAAUGAAACAUUUGGAUGCAUUACCUGUACCUGUACUGCUCACCACAACAGCACAGAUCAUAGAACCAUGCAAAGGUUUGGGCUGGAAGGUCCUUAAAGUUCAUCCAGUUCCAACCCCCUGCCACAGGCAGGGACACCUUCCAUUAGAGCAGGUUGCUCCAAGCCCCUGUGUCCAACCUGGCCUUGAACACUGCCAGGGAUGGGGCAGCCACACCUUCUCUGGGCACCCUGUGCCAGCGCCUCAGCACCCUCACAGGGAAGAACUUCUGCCUCAGAGCUCACCUCAGUCUCCCCUCUGGCAGGUUAAAGCCAUUCCCCUUGUCCCGUCUCUUCUCUUCAGGCUUCUUGUCGCCUCCCUCAGUACGGCUCCUGGCCAACACUGGAAAUUCGGUCUGACCACCCGCUGACAGUGCGAGCCCCCGCCCCGGUGCCCAGCUCCCGCCCAGCCCCAGGUUCCGCCGGCGCUGAAAAAGCCUUCGCCAGUCCUAAGGCCGGCGGGUAGAGGCCGCAUCGCCGGGGUGGGCGUGGAGUUCGGUUCGCUGCCGGCCGGGUCUCGGUCCCGCACGGGAGCCUCCGUCGGGGGGUAGAGCGUUCGGGGGGUACGGCGUUCCGGGGAGCACAGCGGGCUGCCUCCGUCGGGCGGACCUCCCCGGGGCGAGCUGGGCGACGGGCCCCGGGGCGCUGUAUGUGAGCAGGGGCAGGGCCGUCCCGCUGAGAACUUUAUCCCCAGCGGCCGCUCUCGCCCCCGACCGCUGAGCCGGGCCUGGCCGGGACAAGAGGGCUUCCCGCGGGCAGCCGGCGCUGGGGCCGCACCGGCGUCCCCUGCGGCGCGAUGGACUCCGGCAGCGAGACCCACGAGCUGAACGGGCUGGCGGAGGGCGCGGAGCCGGCGCUCAGCGAGCGGCACAGAACAUCACAGUGGUUUCAAAGAAAUGGACCUAUGAAUAUCAACCACUACGCAAAUAAGAAGAGCGCUGCAGAGAGCAUGUUGGACAUUGCCUUGCUGAUGGCCAAUGCAUCCCAGCUGAAAGCCGUGAUAGAGCAAGGACCUUCUUUUUCCUUCUAUAUCCCACUUAUUGUUCUUAUCAGCCUGUCACUCACACUGCAAGUUAUGGUGGGAGUGCUCCUGAUAUUCCUUGUAAAAUAUGACCUUAACAACCCUGCAAAACAUGGAAAGCUGAAUUUCCUCAACAACCUUGCAACUGGACUAGUAUUCAUUAUAGUAGUUGUGAAUAUUUUUAUCACUGCCUUUGGAGUGCAGAAGCCAGUUGCUGAGUCAGCAUCAAGACAGUAAGUAAAAGAGACCUGAAGCAUUCAUUCUAGAUGCCAUUUGCACUUGAGGCAGUUACACUUGUACGUGACAGGGAGGGGCAGGAAAUACUCUGAAGAAGCAGGACACACCAAGCAGCUUUCUCUAGUCUCCAACAAGCAGCACAUUUGCGUACCUGGAAUUUUCCCAUGUGUUAAUAUUUAAACUGUUCAGCAUCUAAGGAAAGGUUGAUUUUGACUCAAGGACAUUGUUUUUCUGGAAUAUUGGCAUUUCCAUUUCUGCAGAAACUAACUGAUUUUCAGAGAGGUGGCAUAAGCUCAUCAAAGAAGGUAAUAUCAAUUGGUGGCACUUCACAGGACUUCCCAUUCUCCAUGCCUUUUGUUUUUGUGGCAAGUUGUCACUUCCUUGUGGUAUGAAACAUCAGGCCUUCGGUUCUGGUGUGGUCACAUUGUCCUUUAUUUCGCUUGCUUGACACCAAACCAAUGUACUCCAUAGCACAACAGUGGUCUUCCUUUGCAGUGUGCAGAGAUAGCUGUGCCUUGUUUUCUUUUUUCUCCUCUCUAGCUAAAGCAAAGGUGAGACAAACAGAAGCUGUAGGCCAUCUUUUGUCUAGUUUUGGUAAUGGGCACUCAUUUGGCCUGCUUCUUCAUUUCUGGACCUCACUUAAAAUUUCCUCUCCUUUGUGUACAGACACACAAAUAACUUAAUUGCUAAUAGUUUCUUACUGUUUACUGCUGUACUCCGCAUUCUGUGUAUUAUAUAUGUUUCCAGAAACCCUGUUACAAGCACUGCCUUUUCCAGGCCCAACUGGAAAACCAUCUGGAAAACCAGGGGACACAAGGUGAACUUUACCUGCCGAACUGGUACCGAGAGCCUUUCAGCAAUUCAAGUAGCAAACUGAAAGAAGUUUAUCCUUCUGUAACUUACUUUUCCCUCUUCUCUUCCCAAGAUUGAUCGCUGUAGUUGCUCUUAUGUGUUUAUGGCUAAAAGCUUAAUUAUUUUUUUAAUUUUCAUUUUUAAAUAUAUGUAGAGAGAUAUAAAUAUCUUUUAGGUUCUUACCUGCUGGCUCAGGGACUGGCACUUUUUCUGAAUACACUAUUGCUAUAAUGGUGUAAGUUACAGAGAUUUCUAUAACAAAAAGCAUUUCAGUCAUUUUAUUUCCAAAGUAUCACAUUGCAAUCAAAAAUCCUAGUUUUCUAGAUUAUGCUAACUUGUACAUGCAGACUUGUACUAAUACUUUUCUUUAUUGUUAAUUUCUAAAUGCUCCCUUGCACAUAGUAACAGAGGCUUGACCUUCAUGUGUCUCAUCUCAUUUACAAUUUUUAUUGAUCACAUUUCUCUUUUGUUAUGUCUCGAGGCGUAUUGGUGUACCAUAUCUGCAUUUACACCUUCUGUAAGAAUUGCUAACAGAAAACAAAUCUCAGAAACUUGUGUGAUUAAUAAUGGAACAGAAAUUCUUUUUUAUUUUUUAAUUCAUCUUUUGAUGCUUCAUUUCCAACUUGACAUGUAUUUAACCAGUAUCUAGUAAGCAACGGUUUUAAUGGUGCGUGUUGGACUAAAUUAAACAUAGCCCAGAGCAAGUUCUGAAGGAGGUACUCAGGACAAUUUUCCAUAUUUAUUUUUUACAAACCAGCAAACUGCUGAAGGAGUAUGUAUGAACUCGUACACACCUGUGCUGUCGCACUUCUGAUGCUGUAGUGUAGUGAAUCAGACUGGCCAAAUAGCUGUGCUGAAAGCCUCAGAAACCUUUCUUUUGGAGAACAGAGGUGAUUGUAGGCAGAGCCCUUCCAAGCAUGGAAUUAUUUUAUCUGUGCCUUACCAGUGGCAGUAAUUUCGAUAAGAUUAUUGACUGUACCAGCUUUGUUACCUUGCACUGGUCUGUGCAUCUAAUUCAGUCUGGAGAGGCUCUCUGGAGGCAGCUCUUCUCUACAGGAAAGCUCUCUUCUCUACAGGAAAUGUUCUACCCAAGCUAGAUGUCUGAAGUAGUUGCUUUGUGUUGUCCUAAAUACAUAACCUGUCCAAAGGAUAGUUACUUUUAACUUAGAUAUGAAUAUUAGAUAUUUUUCAUUGCCAGAUUUGCAUCUUUCUAGUUUUUUAAGCAAGACAUAAAAAUAGGAAGAUUCUGGCUAAUCCUCUCACUUUUUUGACUUGUCCUUGCUACCCUAAAGGCAGAUGCAUACAGAUGCCCCGGCUCUACUGAAAUUUACUGUCUUUAUACUUGGUGAUUUGGCCUAAUUUUGAAUGUAGCUUUCACAUUUGUCUUGCACUGAAACACUUGAAAGCAGUCAGAGGCGGGUGGAGUACAGACAUACCAGGUUGUUUCCCAUUUUAUUUCCUUCUUUAUUGGACCAUAAUUUUUCAGGUCACUCAAGUGAACAAGCUGUUAGAGUGGGUUUCUCCUGGAAAAUAUAGCUGUUCUUAUAGCAUCUUUGCUGCUAAGCUGUUGUCCGACAAAAACUACUAAGGCUUGUAUAUCCCAUCUCCCCAUGGCUUGUGGAACUAACUGGAUACAGAGCAGUAGGGUAGGGAACAAGCACCAGGAGAUGACUUGUCAAGUACAGAUUCCAGUGGACUUUGCAAGACACAAUCUCCUUCCUCCUGAAGAAAAAAUACUUCAAACUUGGACAUGUUUUGGGGGGGCAAAAGCUGGAUGUGGAGGUCUGCAUUAGGGGGGUAGGUGUCUGUUCACUUGAAUUCUACCAGAGCCAGGCUCAGAAAAGCAACAAAAAAACUGCUGUGAAUCCUUCUGCCUCCUGAGCUCAGUGUGACUAAAGCAUCACAACAGAGAUACUUGCAGCUUCAAAGAGCCUGGUUUCUUUGCUUCUAAACACAGGAAAGCCGGAUCUGAAAGCCAUGCACCUGACUACGAGACUGUACUGGGCAUCAGCAGUAUUCAACUUGCAACUGGAUGUCUUUUUAAAUAAAAAGGAUGCUGGUUUAUUACCA